UGCCUGCUUGAUUUUGAGUGAUAUAAAAUGGAACAUGCCAAAAACGGCAAUAAAUUGACCUGCUUCAAUUAGAUAAAUCGUUGUCAUAAUUUAUCUGGUUCAAAUUGUUAGUCUUAAUGAAUGCGUGGAAGCCAGUUUAGUUCAUUGAAAAAUCGUUGCCAACAGGAAAAAUGUGUCUAUCUUUCAAUCGAUUUUGACUCAAACGUUUUGUCGAAUCAAGCGUCUUCGCAUUCAGGCGUUCAAUGACUCUGAGUGAAAAGUGAAUUGCGGCAAAUUAUCACAAAUAUCAAAUUUUCUUCAGACCGAGACAUGCAAACAACAUAGUGUAUAGGUUGAAGUCGUUUUUGCUGAGCUUUCAUUAAACUGUCACCCUGGAGUCAGAGGAGAUGAUUACGGCCUGUGACACCCAGGAUUUCGUUCCAUUUGGCCGCGAAUAUGUCCACCAACAUCCUGGGAAAUUUCAAAUACAGGUCCAGAAUGUUGCCCACACUGACCCAGGACUGCCACUUCUCAAAUCAUUCAGGGACAUCUCCAUUCAAGACAAUGGAAGGAAAGAGCACUGGAGUUUCUACAGCGGUGCAAGCACAACAGAAGGCAGAGGACGCUUUGACGAGGAGCUGUAUGUGAAUGGACACAUCGUGGUCUGGAGUCGAGGGGGACAAGAUGGUUGCCGAUCUGUCAUUAAGACCUUCACCAUGGAUACGCCUGUCAUACAGGCACUUUGGUGCAAGUUUGUUAUACCUGAGAAGUCGAAUCAUGAGGAAAUCUGCACCUCACUGGACACAAAAGGCAAGUUACAGACAGGUGUGUGUGUGGUGGAGUCCAGCUGUGUAAGCUGCUACAUGGAGGAUGGAAGUGAAUAUCUGGCAGCACUGCCAUUCCAGGUGGCCAACGUUUGGUCAAUCAAGAAUGGUUUACUCUUUGAAAGAACAGUGUCCCCAUCAGAAUUUCACACAUCUAAAAGAGACGCUCCCAACCAGACCACUGUAUUCAGCAUGUUACACCCUCUCGAUGAAGUGGCACCCGUCAUCAUCAAGUCAGGAACACUGGGAGCCAACAAGACGUCAUACCUGACAGACAACACCCAGCACAUCGUGUUCUCUAGUGACGACCCCUCCCUCGUCCUCACCUAUGAUACCAUGGUAGGCAUACACUCGGCGUGGAAGGUCCGCAAAGUCCUACAGACGGAAUGUGAAGCCAUAGCAGCGAUGUGGGAGCAGACCAACAGCAUGUUCACGCCAGUGCACAAUCUCAACCAGUCCAGCAGCAUGUCCCGCUACUAUGGCAACCUAUCGGCCCAGUCACCGAUGGUGUCGCCAUUACGAAGCUACUCUGGCCGGACCCCCCACCUGAUGUCGCAUUCCCAGAGUCCUCUCAUAAUGAACCCGCCUGGCAUGGACAGACGUUCCCAAAGUCCAGCCCCUUUCCUGGACAACUCGCUGCACCGUCUUCACACGCCCUCCCCUCAGAUGGCGCCACGUACGUCUGGCAGCUUCUACCGCUCCCCAGCCAACAUGUCCGUCAUCAACGAGGCCAUAGCCACGGAAUGGGCUGAACCAAUCACGCCAGAGAUCUGUCUUGAGCAUAUCUGGACGGAGAACGCCCCAGCGAUACGCGACGGGUCUCUCGGGAAGUCGUCAAAAGCGUUCUUCACGCGGGACCUGUGUGGGCAGCAGUACAUGUGUUACUUGAUAUCCUACAGGCAGCAGCUGAGAUGUGUGAAGUUUGAGGAAAGUAACGAUCUCAAAAGAAUCGUGUUUGGGACUGUAAAUAUCAUUCCGUGUAAAGACGCAAUUCCUAUUGAAGGAAAAGACCUGUUGAUAAUUCUAGACAUCAGCGGGGUGCUUUAUGUGUACAGUGGGAUAACGAGGAUUAACAGGCUCCAUGUUCCCAUCCUGCCUAUUGGUAGCCUGUGUAACAGCUUGCUGAGACAGACCACCCCGCUGCAUAGCCCGGUACGAGGGGGCGUCUUUACGUCCAGCCGCCCCUCUAGCGCCAUGGAAACGCGAUUUGACGAGGACUUUCAGCUCAAUCAGAUCUCUCCGGUUGCCACUGAGCUGGAUGAGACGUCACAUUUCGAAGAGUUUCCACUGGGUUGUGCACUGAUUCACGCGUUAAGGGAUAAUGUGAAGGCCAGGUUUACCAUUGAGCUGUCGAAUGGGCACAUGUUCCGAUGUACGUUACCGGACAUGACAAACUCCUCUGGUAUAGAUCUCUGUCUACGAGCGUUGAAGCACAUGUUGCCUCGAGACCUCGCCAUGCAGAUGAUUGGUCGAUGGUUGACUGUGCGUAACUCUCCCGGGGCAGUUGGGAGUCAGACAGAGUGGGCCAUGUUCACUUCCUGUCUGCUCGGCAUGAUGGGAUAUGAUGUUGGAAAGCUGCCAAUUACUGAAAAGGAGCUGGAGACCAGUUCCCUGUCACCUGUGUCAGCCAAACGAGCCAGAACCUCAGACCAUGGCACUGAUGAGGACUGGGAGUACCUCCUGGGUGGAGAACUGCACCAGUUCAUGGAGGAGUCAGUAGGGGAUAUCCUGGGUCUGUCGCCGUGCCAACCAGUGCCUGACUCCACCCCUCUUAGCCACGCCUCCACCAUCAGCACUUCAGGGAUCCUAUUUGCCUACAUGCCUGCGUGCUUCACUGCCCUGCAUCUUGUCUAUGAGGAGUUGAAAUUGAACACCCUGCUGUUUGAAGAUCUCAACCACCUGUCAGUGUUGCUAUGGCAGCUGUCACAUGACCUGCGCUGUCACCUCUACGUGGACUACUACACGCGGGACUUUCCCAAGCUGCUGGCUCUACCCAUUGUUCCUAGUCAAAUUAAAGAAGAUCAACUGGACAAGAUGCAGUAUCCAGCAGUGUUCAUCAGCACAGAAGUGCCAUCUGUGUACAGCUGGAUUCUGAAAUCCCUGGAGGGUUUGUCCCCGCCUGCCCAGCUCUACAUCCCCAAUGUGUGCAGCAACAUGCAGAACAUAGUGUCUCUGUAUGCAUUACUGUUGAACAAACACAUGGGCACAGAGCAGGCUAUAGACAAGUGCCUCAGAAAAGUGCCAUCUUCAGUUUUAUCCGAAGGUCACCGGGCCCCGACCUGUGACAUCUCCAUGUCCAAGAGCUACUGCAGAUCCAGCCCCACACAGAACUUCCUGGAGAGAGUCGUACUCUACAUGACACAGCUGGGUAUGACAGAGAAGGAGCUGAUGUACCUGCCAGUAGGUAUAGUGCUGCCACUGAGAGAGGCAAUCUUCCACUGCCGGUGUAACCCUCCCUCCGAUUGGCCUGAGGAAGCCUAUACCCUCAUUGGUCGUGAGGACAUCAGUAAGCUCCUGUCCCUGCACUCCCGGGACGAUGUGGUCCCACCCCCAGGGAUCUUCAAGCGCAAGCCAAACCCCCAGUCUCCUAGCAACACGAAGGAGGAGGAUGAUGGCAUGGAACACUUUGAUGAUGAAUACCUACGGCUGCGGUUCAGCGAGGACCUGCGGGUGCAGGAGGCACGUAGGAUGCUGCAGUCGUCGAGGCCAGUAACCAUAGCGCUUACCCAGAAACCGGAGAUCAGCGACCACGACUUCAUAGAGGAGCAGGAGCGUCACCUGUACUCCAUCUGCAUACGUACAAUGGCACUGUCCACUGGGAGAGGGAUGUUCACGAUGAGCACUUACUACCCUGUUCCCACGGAAACACUUCCUGUUCCAAAGCUCUGUCUCACUGGAAAGGCUCCUCCCAGGAACACUACAGUAGACCUGUCCCACAUUGACACCCCUCCCAACAUGACCGCAUGGCCCCAGUUCCACAAUGGUGUGGCAGCUGGACUCAGGAUCGCAGACUUCUCUCAGAUAGAUUCGUCCUGGAUCGUGUUCAACAGACCACAAACUAACGAGCUGACCAAUGAGUAUGCAGGCUUCCUCAUGGCGCUUGGACUGAACAAACACCUGGUCAAGAUGAACAUACUCAACAAGCAUGACUAUCUCAGCAAGGGCCAUGAAAUGACAACCAUUGGUCUGUUGUUAGGACUCUCUGCAGCCAGCCGCAGCACGAUGGAUCUAGCCACAUGCAAGAUUCUCAGUAUCCACCUGCCUGCCAUGCUGCCUCCCACCUCCACAGAGCUCAAUGUCUCCCACAACGUGCAGGUGGCGGCCAUCUUGGGUAUUGGACUCCUCUUCCAGGGGACCGGCCACCUGCACACUGCCGACAUCCUGCUGCAGGAAAUAGGCCGACCGCCUGGCCCUGAGAUGGAGAACUGUACAGAUCGGGAGUCUUACUCCCUGGCAGCCGGCCUGGCCUUGGGUCUUGUCAUGUUUGGAAAAGGUCAGGAAACCGUGGGUACCAGCGAUCUGAGCAUGGCUGACACCCUGUACCACUUCAUGGUGGGCGGACACAAGCGGCCACUCACUGGUCCCAGCCAGGAGCGGUACCGGACGCCCAGUUACCAGAUACAGGAGGGGAACCUGGUGAAUGUGGACGUCACCUCUCCGGGGGCCACACUGGCCCUUGGCAUGCUGUACUUCAACACCAAGAACAGUGCGGUGUCUGAGUGGUUGAAGGUGCCCAACUCCCAGUUUAUGCUGGACCAGGUCCGCCCGGACUUCCUGCUGCUACGGACCUUGGCCCGCGGACUUGUCAUGUGGGACACGGUCCUACCCACCAUGGACUUCCUGAAGCAGACUAUACCCCAGAUCCUGUAUGACUAUGCUUUCCAGCAGAACCACGUUCAGGACGAGGAUAGUAACAUCGAUUUUGAAACUAUGAGUCACGCGUUUUGUAACGUUGUGGCUGGUGUGUCGAUGGUGAUUGGUCUAAAGUUUGCUGGCUCCGCCAACCAGACGGCGUUGGAGACUCUGCUGCAGUGCAUGGCCCAGUCACUGAAAGUGGCCACAGUACCUCACCUCACGGAGCAGGCUGGGAAAGUCACCGUGGAAAAUUGUAUGAUUACAAUUCUGGUCGCUAUGGCAAUGGUUAUGGCAGGAACGGGAAACCUUGAGGUGAUGAGGCACUGUAGGAUGUUUUCAGCACGUGUGGGUCCCCCGUACAACCAGUAUGUGAUGUAUGGCUCUCAUAUGGCCAUCAGCAUGGCUAUCGGUCUGCUGUAUCUGGGGGGAGGGAAGUACACCCUCAGCACUAGGCCGGAAUCUAUUGCCGUCAUGCUGUGUGCAUUUUUUCCAAAAUUCCCGACCCAUAGCAACGAUAACCGGUAUCACCUUCAGGCUUUCAGACAUUUAUACGUGCUAGCUUCAGAGUUGCGAACAAUGUUGCCCAGGGAUGUCGAUACGGGGCAUCCCUGUUAUGUGCCCGUAGAAAUCAAGUUUAAAGACACCCCACACUAUAGCAACGAAUCCUACAAAACCACGGCUCCUUGCACCCUCCCAGACCUAGAUCUUUUAGUUGAAAUCAAAAUUCUUGGACCCCGCUACUGGCCUAUAGUGUUCAACUGUAACAAGAACUGGGAGAAUCUGCGAUCCCUGUUGAAGCACAACGGCACCCUGUAUGUGAAGCAGAGGGCAGGGCAUCUGUCGUACGUAGAGGAUCCUAACGGGUACAGGAGCAUGCUGGCCAGGUCUCUCACUGUUGACCAGUCUUCUCAGACAUGUGUGAAGCCUGAUGUGAUCAAAGCAUUCACUGCAGAUCCAAAGGUGCUUGCACUAACUGACUACUUCUUCAGGGACCAGGAACAUGAUGCCAGCGGACUGUUGCAGGUGCUCUCAGACGUACUGUAUGAAUGUGUCACGCUGGAGAAACCAGAGGCCAUCUCCACACACAUAGACCUGGACCAGGUGACGCGCAGGGCAGAGUUCCGGUCCACGUCCAUGGGUAUCAGCCAACUGAAGCUGAUCUUCGCCUACUACAACAUGGAGCACUCUCUAACCCUGGAGGGAGGAAGUCACCUGUUCCAGACGGUAGGAAGUGAAGAGUUUCAAGGGAGACAACUCCUCAAGCCCGACUUCAUUCUUGCUGUGUCUAGCAAACUGAAGAACAUAUUCCAUAAGAGGUUGACAGAUAACAUGGAUUUCUUUCUUCGAUACUUGAAGGGAGAGAGUGUACAGGGUCGGGCUGACAAAGGGCUCAUGGCACUUCUGCUCUGGUACAACAUACCCUGCCGCACCAAACUCUCACAACUCAAUCUCCAAGGGCCCCCAACUCUUCCCCAGCUUCACAGUUGUCUCCCCUACCUGCAUGUUAGCAUGCUGAUGAUGCUGCAGUCUGCGUGGAACAGGCUGCAUGGGCAGUAACAGCACAGACCGUAGCGUCGAUGAUGAUGUCUCAUGGAACAGCACAAACUGGAGUGUCAUCAUGGCGAUGAUGCGCCUGACACAGGCCUGAUCAACAGUAGAAACAUGCUGAUUAAAUUGCAGUCUGCUUGGAGUAAACUUAAUGGACAGUAAAAGCACGGGCGGGGAUGUCAGAAUAUUGAAGAUGAUGCACUCUGCACAGACUUAACGGGACAGAAACUAAAUGGGAUGUCAGAAUGCUGAAGAUGCUGCAGUCUGUGUUGAUCAUGCUCUAUGGACAGUAUCAGCACAGACUGGGAUGUCAGAAUGCUGAAGAUGCUGCAGUCUGUGUUGAAUAUGCUCUAUGGAAAGUAUCAGUACAGACUUGGGUGUCAGAAUGCUGAAGCUGCUGCAGCCUGUGCUAAUCAUGCUCUAUGGACAGUAUCAGUACAGACUGGGAUAUCAGAAUGCUGAAGAUGCUGCAGUCUGUGUUGAUCAUGCUCUAUGGACAGUAUCAGUACAGACUUGGGUGUCAGAAUGCUGAAGAUGCUGCAGUCUGUGUUGAUCAUGCUCUAUGGACAGUAUCAGUACAGACUGGGAUGUCAGAAUGCUGAAGAUGCUGCAGUCUGUGUUGAUCAUGCUCUAUGGACAGUAUCAGUACAGACUUGGGUGUCAGAAUGCUGAAGAUGCUGCAGUCUGUGUUGAUCAUGCUCUAUGGACAGUAUCAGUACAGACUGGGAUGUCAGAAUGCUGAAGAUGCUGCAGUCUGUGUUGAAUAUGCUCUAUGGACAGUAUCAGCACAGACUUGGAUGUCAGAAAGCUGAAGAUGCUGCAGCCUGUGCUGAUCAUGCUCUAUGGACAGUAUCAGUACAGACUGGGAUAUCAGAAUGCUGAAGAUGCUGCAGUCUGUGUUGAUCAUGCUCUAUGGACAGUAUCAGUACAGACUUGGGUGUCAGAAUGCUGAAGAUGCUGCAGCCUGUGCUGAUCAUGCUCUAUGGACAGUAUCAGUACAGACUGGGAUGUCAGAAUGCUGAAGAUGCUGCAGUCUGUGUUGAUCAUGCUCUAUGGACAGUAUCAGUACAGACUUGGGCGUCAGAAUGCUGAAGAUGCUGCAGUCUGUGUUGAUCAUGCUCAAUGGACAGUAUCAGUACAGACUGGGAUAUCAGAAUGCUGAAGAUGCUGCAGUCUGUGUUGAUCAUGCUCUAUGGACAGUAUCAGCACAGACUUGGGUGUCAGAAAGCUGAAGAUGCUGCAGUCUGUGUUGAUCAUGCUCUAUGGACAGUAUCAGCACAGACUUGGGUGUCAGAAUGCUGAAGAUGCUGCAGUCUGUGUUGAUCAUGCUCUAUGGACAGUAUCAGUACAGACUGGGAUGUCAGAAUGCUGAAGAUGCUGCAGUCUGUGUUGAUCAUGCUCUAUGGACAGUAUCAGUACAGACUGGGAUGUCAGAAUGCUGAAGAUGCUGCAGCCUGUGCUGAUCAUGCUCUAUGGACAGUAUCAGUACAGACUGGGAUGUCAGAAUGCUGAAGAUGCUGCAGUCUGUGUUGAUCAUGCUCUAUGGACAGUAUCAGUACAGACUGGGAUGUCAGAAUGCUGAAGAUGCUGCAGUCUGUGUUGAUCAUGCUCUAUGGACAGUAUCAGUACAGACUGGGAUGUCAGAAUGCUGAAGAUGCUGCAGUCUGUGUUGAUCAUGCUCUAUGGACAGUAUCAGUACAGACUGGGAUGUCAGAAUGCUGAAGAUGCUGCAGCCUGUGCUGAUCAUGCUCUAUGGACAGUAUCAGUACAGACUGGGAUGUCAGAAUGCUGAAGAUGCUGCAGUCUGUGUUGAUCAUGCUCUAUGGACAGUAUCAGUACAGACUGGGAUGUCAGAAUGCUGAAGAUGCUGCAGUCUGUGUUGAUCAUGCUCUAUGGACAGUAUCAGUACAGACUGGGAUGUCAGAAUGCUGAAGAUGCUGCAGUCUGUGUUGAUCAUGCUCUAUGGACAGUAUCAGUAAAGACUGGGAUGUCAGAAUGCUGAAGAUGCUGCAGCCUGUGCUGAUCAUGCUCUAUGGACAGUAUCAGUACAGACUGGGAUGUCAGAAUGCUGAAGAUGCUGCAGUCUGUGUUGAAUAUGCUCUAUGGACAGUAUCAGCACAGACUUGGGUGUCAGAAUGCUGAAGAUGCUGCAGUCUGUGUUGAUCAUGCUCUAUGGACAGUAUCAGUACAGACUUGGGUGUCAGAAUGCUGAAGAUGCUGCAGUCUGUGUUGAUCAUGCUCAAUGGACAGUAUCAGUACAGACUGGGAUAUCAGAAUGCUGAAGAUGCUGCAGUCUGUGUUGAUCAUGCUCUAUGGACAGUAUCAGCACAGACUUGGGUGUCAGAAAGCUGAAGAUGCUGCAGUCUGUGUUGAUCAUGCUCUAUGGACAGUAUCAGCACAGACUUGGGUGUCAGAAUGCUGAAGAUGCUGCAGUCUGUGUUGAUCAUGCUCUAUGGACAGUAUCAGUACAGACUGGGAUGUCAGAAUGCUGAAGAUGCUGCAGUCUGUGUUGAUCAUGCUCUAUGGACAGUAUCAGUACAGACUGGGAUGUCAGAAUGCUGAAGAUGCUGCAGCCUGUGCUGAUCAUGCUCUAUGGACAGUAUCAGUACAGACUGGGAUGUCAGAAUGCUGAAGAUGCUGCAGUCUGUGUUGAUCAUGCUCUAUGGACAGUAUCAGUACAGACUGGGAUGUCAGAAUGCUGAAGAUGCUGCAGUCUGUGUUGAUCAUGCUCUAUGGACAGUAUCAGUACAGACUGGGAUGUCAGAAUGCUGAAGAUGCUGCAGUCUGUGUUGAUCAUGCUCUAUGGACAGUAUCAGUACAGACUGGGAUGUCAGAAUGCUGAAGAUGCUGCAGCCUGUGCUGAUCAUGCUCUAUGGACAGUAUCAGUACAGACUGGGAUGUCAGAAUGCUGAAGAUGCUGCAGUCUGUGUUGAUCAUGCUCUAUGGACAGUAUCAGUACAGACUGGGAUGUCAGAAUGCUGAAGAUGCUGCAGCCUGUGCUGAUCAUGCUCUAUGGACAGUAUCAGCACAGACUGGGAUGUCAGAAUGCUGAAGAUGCUGCAGUCUGUGUUGAUCAUGCUCUAUGGACAGUUAUCAGUACAGACUGGGAUGUCAGAAUGCUGAAGAUGCUGCAGUCUGUGUUGAUCAUGCUCUAUGAACAGUAUCAGCACAGACUUGGGUGUCAGAAAGCUGAAGAUGCUGCAGUCUGUGUUGAUCAUGCUCUAUGGACAGUAUCAGUACAGACUGGGAUGUCAGAAUGCUGAAGAUGCUGCAGUCUGUGUUGAUCAUGCUCUAUGGACAGUAUCAGUACAGACUGGGAUGUCAGAAUGCUGAAGAUGCUGCAGCCUGUGCUGAUCAUGCUCUAUGGACAGUAUCAGUACAGACUGGGAUGUCAGAAUGCUGAAGAUGCUGCAGUCUGUGUUGAAUAUGCUCUAUGGACAGUAUCAGCACAGACUGGGAUGUCAGAAAGCUGAAGAUGCUGCAGUCUGUGUUGAUCAUGCUGUAUGGACAGUAUCAGCACAGAUGGAAUACCGUUACUCAAUGGAGGGUGGCAGCAUGGAUUGUGCUCCUGGGAUUAAUGGAAAUAAGUUUGCCAAUUGGGGAUUAGGUUGUUUGGAUCAUUAAUUGACAUUAUGUAAUAAAAAUGCCAGGCAGUUAAUGAUAUAGAAUAAAUGUAACGAAUCUGAGGCAUGGUAUUUGUAUAGCAAGAUUUUAAACGCAAAGCAAGUCACACAAGAAAUAAUUUACAGCUAAAAGCAGGUAAUUUUAGUCUUUGAUAAUACUUUAUUUCCAACAGUGAUAUUAGUUGACUGUUAUUAAAUGAAAAGUUGAAAAUUAAUAUUCCAGAUGUUAUAAUUCUUUUAUUCUCAUAAGAGUUUGAUUAAAUUUAAAAAAAAUUAAUAAACACAAAUAUGGUUGGUUUUCAGAUGUUUGUAAUCAGGUAAAAUAAUGCCUCUUUAAAUAUAAUUUGUGAUCAAUAUGUUGUUGUUUUUGUGUUUUUUUUAACAUACUCCAUGUAUUAUACAUAUUAUGCUACUGCUACCUGUAUUAUCUCGGGUCAUCAGUUAAUAAAUGUGUACAUUUGCAAUAAUAUCUUUACCUGCUUUGCCUCAUGUUAGAAACAGAUACAUGUAUUAGCAUUUGGGUCUUGCUUAUACUGAUGGCAUAUUAUAAAAAUGUGUUUUUUAUAGUGUCCACUGAUCUUUAUGCUGUGUGUUUGUUACCAUUAAUUUUUGAAGUGUUAUACACUUACUGUCAUGUUAGUUUAUGGUAUAUUUGAAGAAUAAAAUGAUGUUAUCAUAAUGAAUUAAAAAUGAUAUUACUUUGUUCUUUAUUUUGGUGUUAUGCAUUUGAGAUUUAUUGUGGUACUUCUGAAGAUGCAGUUUUUUAUGUCAAAUAAAAAAUUGAAACUUUUA